AUGCAUUCAAUGAAUGAUCCAGCAUCUGUUCUAUCUGGUAUGAUGUCCUUCGACUCAAUCAGUUUAUACGAGCAGCCUAAGCCUAGAUUCAUCUUCAAAAUGCCUCGGGUGGUGCCUGACCAGAAAUCAAAAUUCGAGUCGGAUGAGCUCUUCAGGCGCCUGAGUAGGGAAAGCGAGGUGCGCUACACGGGUUACAGAGAUCGACCACAGGAGGAACGGGUGGUCCGAUUCCAAAACGCCUGUAGAGAAGGUCACACGGAAAUAGCGUUUGCUGCGACAGGCACCAACCUCCAGUUGGUAUUCGCAGCACCCACAAAUGGUUAUAUGCCCGACAAGGAAUGUGAUUUCGACAAGGAACCCGGAAAGGUGAGACCAAACGAUUUCAGGGAACUCGAACCAAGGAAAGGCCUGACUAUACUAUAA